GUGGCUAUGGAGGUGGCGGCGGUUGAUGGUUCACCGUUGGCUCCGGGGUAGGGGUCGCCGUUCAAGUGAUCUGCUCAGACCCUACCAGAGGGUGCGGGCUGCUGACGCUCAGCCUGGAGCCCGCGGGGGAGACCUAGGUCGGCUCCACCAUGCCGGCCCCCGGGAGUAACGAGCCUGACGGCAUCCUCAGCUAUCAGAGACCAGAUGAAGAAGCUGUGGUGGAUCAGGGUGGGACCAGUACAAUUCUCAACAUUCACUAUGAAAAAGAAGAGCUGGAAGGUCAUAGAACUCUGUACGUGGGAGUUCAGAUGCCGCUGGGCCGGCAGAGUCAUCGGCACCACCACACUCAUGGCCCGAAGCACCGGAGGCGAGGGCGGGGCAAAGGAGCCAGCCAAGGGGAGGAAGGCCUGGAAACCCUGGCCCACGACACACCAUCUCAGCGUGUUCAGUUCAUUCUUGGCACCGAGGAAGAUGAAGAGCAUGUGCCUCAUGAGCUGUUUACAGAGCUGGAUGAGAUCUGUAUGAAAGAGGGAGAAGAUGCUGAGUGGAAGGAAACAGCCAGGUGACUGAAGUUUGAAGAAGAUGUUGAAGAUGGAGGAGAAUGCUGGAGUAAGCCUUACGUGGCAACCCUUUCAUUGCACAGUCUGUUUGAACUAAGAAGCUGCCUUAUUAAUGGAACAGUCCUUCUGGAUAUGCGUGCAAAUAGCAUAGAAGAAAUUUCAGACCUGAUCCUGGAUCAGCAAGAACUGUCCAGUGACCUGAAUGAUAGCAUGCGGGUUAAAGUGCGGGAAGCCCUUCUCAAAAAGCAUCAUCAUCAGAAUGAAAAGAAGAGAAACAACCUCAUUCCCAUUGUUUGCUCCUUUGCUGAGGUUGGCAAGAAGCAGUCCGAUCCACAUUUGAUGGAUAAACAUGGUCAAACUGUGUCCCCUCAGUCCGUUCCAACUACAAGUCUUGAAGUAAAAAAUGGAGUGAAUUGUGAACAUAGUCCUGUGGAUUUAAGCAAGGUAGACCUUCAUUUCAUGAAAAAAAUUCCUACUGGGGCUGAGGCCUUCAAUGUCCUGGUUGGAGAGGUGGAUAUUUUGGACCAUCCCAUUGUUGCCUUUGUGAGACUGUCUCCAGCUGUUCUUCUCUCAGGCCUAACAGAAGUUCCAAUCCCAACAAGAUUUUUGUUUAUCUUAUUGGGUCCAGUAGGGAAAGGUCAGCAGUACCAUGAGAUUGGCAGAUCCAUGGCCACCUUCAUGACAGAUGAGAUUUUUCAUGACGUAGCAUAUAAGGCAAAAGAGCGAGAUGAUCUCCUGGCGGGGAUUGACGAGUUCCUUGACCAGGUGACGGUGCUCCCUCCAGGAGAGUGGGAUCCCUCCAUUAGAAUUGAGCCACCCAAAAAUGUCGCUUCCCAGGAGAAAAGGAAAAUACCUGGAGUUCCAAAUGAAACUAUUUGCCACAUAGAACAGGAACCACAUGGGGGUCACAGUGGGCCAGAACUUCAGCUCACUGGGCGGCUAUUUGGGGGCUUGGUGUUGGACAUCAAGUGGAAGGCCCCCUGGUACUGGAGCGGCUACCGGGAUGCACUCAGCUUACAGUGUUUGGCCUCCUUUCUGUUCCUGUACUGUGCCUGCAUGUCACCUGUCAUCACCUUUGGGGGAUUGCUUGGAGAAGCCACUGAGGGACGCGUAAGUGCAAUUGAAUCCUUGUUUGGAGCCUCCAUGACUGGGAUUGCUUAUUCCUUGUUUGCGGGACAGGCUCUCACCAUCCUGGGAAGUACUGGGCCAGUGCUUGUGUUUGAAAAGAUUUUGUUCAAAUUCUGCAAAGACUAUGCUCUUCCAUACCUCUCCCUGCAAGCUUGUAUUGGACUGUGGACUGCUUUCCUGUGUAUUGUCCUUGUGGCAACUGAUGCCAGUUCCCUUGUCUGCUACAUUACCCGUUUCACUGAAGAAGCAUUGACCUCCCCAAUUUGCAUUAUUUUCAUCUACGAAGCAAUAGAAAAACUGAUUCACCUGGCAGAGACCUAUCCCAUCCACAUGCACAGCCAGCUGGACCACCCUAGCCUCUAUUACUGCAGGUGUACUCUCCCAGAGAAUCCAAACAAUCACACUCUGCAGUACUGGAAGGACCACAACAUCGUGACAGCAGAAGUCCACUGGGCUAAUCUGACUGUCAGUGAAUGCCAGGAGAUGCAUGGAGAGUUCAUGGGAUCUGCGUGCGGUCAUCAUGGACCCUACACUCCUGAUGUCCUCUUUUGGUCCUGUAUUCUCUUCUUCACCACCUUCAUUCUCUCAAGCACCUUAAAGACAUUUAAGAUGAGCCAUUAUUUCCCGACCAGAGUACGUUCCAUGGUGAGUGACUUUGCUGUUUUCCUCACUAUCUUCACAAUGGUGAUUAUUGAUUUUUUGAUUGGAGUUCCACCACCAAAGCUUCAAGUUCCCAGUGUGUUCGAGCCAACAAGGGAUGAUCGAGGAUGGAUUAUUAAUCCUAUUGGCCCCAAUCCCUGGUGGACUGUGAUAGCUGCAAUUAUCCCAGCUCUUCUCUGCACUAGCUUGAUAUUCAUGGAUCAGCAGAUCACAGCCGUCAUUAUUAAUAGAAAGGAACAUAAGCUCAAGAAAGGCUGUGGCUACCACCUGGACCUACUGGUGGUGGCAAUCAUGCUGGGUGUCUGCUCCAUCAUGGUGCCUUGGUUUGUAGCUUCCAUCACACAUGUGAACAGCCUCAAGCUAGAAUCUGAAUGCUCUGCUCCUGGAGAACAGCCCAAGUUCCUAGGCAUCCGAGAACAGAGAGUGACAGGCCUUAUGAUCUUUGUGCUGAUGGGCUGCUCAGUCUUCAUGAUGGCUAUCUUUAAGUUUAUUCCAAUGCCAGUACUCUAUGGAAUUUUCCUCUACAUGGGAGUUUCUUCACUACAGGGAAUUCAGUUCUUUGAUCAUCUAAAGCUCUUUGGGAUGCCCGCAAAGCACCAACCAGAUUUUAUCUACCUGCGGCAUGUGCCACUGCACAAAGUGUACCUCUUCACCGUCAUUCAGCUGACCUGUCUCGUCCUGCUCUGGGUCAUCAAGGCCUCUCCAGCAGCCAUUGUUUUCCCAAUGAUGGUUUUGGCCUUGGUUUUUGUCAGGGAAGUCAUGGAUCUCUGUUUCUCUAAGCGAGAGCUGAGCUGGUUAGAUGAUCUCAUGCCUGAAAGCAAAAAGAAGAAGUUGGAUGAUGCCAAAAAGAAGGCCAAGGAGGAAGAGGAGGCUGAGAAAAUGUUAGAAAUUGGGGGAAACAAGUUCCCCUUAGAGAGCAGGAAGUCAUUAAGUAGUCCUGGAAAGAACAACAGUUGCAGAUGUGACCUGUCUGAGAUUAAUAUAUCUGAUGAAAUGCCUAAAACCACAGUCUGGAAAGCUCUCAGUAUGAAUUCUGGAAAUGCAAAGGAAAAGAGUCUCUUCAACUAAGAGUCUUUGCUGGGAUGGAAGAUUUGGGCCAUGUGGUGCCUCAGAGAAGUUCUGGUUACAGAGAAAAUGGUAAGUGUCUCAGAGAAGAAGCAAGACCAAAUCUGGCCCUGUCCUUGGUCAUCUCAAAGCCAUGCUGAAGCAUUCAGUUAUUCUUCGUGUGAACUGGAGGGCAUCUAGCUAUCCCCAUGCCAGCAGCCAGUCGCCAGAUGUGAAUGUGUAAGCAGAAGACCACUUCCUGUUGGUUCUUCUCCUCUUCUUCUUCUUUUUCUCUUUAGAAUGGCCACCAUUGAAGACCUAGCUUCCCAUUUUCCAGACAUUUUCUCUGAAAUUUUCUGCUGGCCUACCAAGCCAUAUGGAUUCAUUCUGCCACUGAGGAGUCCUUCAGUGAGGUCCCUUUUCCUAAAGGAUGGAGUGGGGAGUAGGAGGGGAACAGAGAAGAAACUCUCUUUGGCUCUCCAGUGUUCUUAGUGUCUGCGGGCUUCUCGGCAGCCCUGGGCCUUGAUUUGAUUACCUCCCCUGGGGGAUGCUGGUCAGAUCCAGAGGUUGUCAGGAGGUCGGCUACCAGGAAGAUCCAUGAUCUGGGCAUUGGCAGUGCCUGCUACCACAGCCAGGAAGAUGCCUCUGACCUGGGUGCAUCUCCAUCAUUCCCUAGCAGCAGCCUGCAUAACUGGCAAGAACCUUGGAUGAUACAAGGGCCAAGAAGGGACAUUUGAGUUGUUUCACUUAGAUAGGAAAAGAAUCUGGGGAAAAUCAAUAGUAAGUGAGGAUGAGCAGCUACUGUUGGUUUUCAGUGAGGAUAGAGUGAGAGAUUGAGCUUAGAUUGCAACAGAAUGAAUUAGUUUAGAUACCAGACUGAAGAUUUGUCAUAGUGUCUGCUUUCUAGAUAUCUGGGAAAGAUUUGGUAAUAGUGUUUGUGAAUAGAAAGGAGGAUGUGAUGUUUUUAUUGCCCAUUUUGCGGGACCAUUUGACUUCUUGCUGCUGUCUCUUGAGGAUAUAUUCCAAUUCCAUCCUGGCGAGAUCCAAGUGUUUAUGUACUGUCUCCUUAGCUGCCUUAGUAGUGAACGAUCAUCAGUUCAAUGGACCAAAAUCACUUUCAGCCAUGUGCUUUCUUCAUCAUCAUGGAUUUCUUUUGGUUGGCAAACAUUCUGGUUCUGAGAUGAAAAAAGUCACACUAGGAAAUGAACUGUAAGUGGUGAAAUUAGUUUUGGUAUUUAAUUUAAAACGACAUUUAUGGUUUUCUCUUCUCUUCUAUGUUACAAUGAAUGUGAAGUAUUUGAGAUCCAGUGCUUAGAAACCUUUCCCUCCUUUGUGCACAGACUGUAACUAGCAAGCCCAUUAGCGCCCAGAGAAUCCUAUCAUGUUAGUUUCCCAUCCUGGAAAAUCUUUGUACAGUGGGAAGUUCCCUGAUGUGUUUUUCUUUCUUAGGUGAAGGAUUGGUUAUAUCAGUUUAUUGAAUUUUGCAUUUCUUAAACUCUUAAAAUAUACUAAUGUAUUCUAGUCUUACUCUAAAUACCAUUGAUAUUAAGGGAAAUCUGCAUUUCUUUCAUAUUCCCUAUCUCAUAGGGCCACAAUUAUUUUAAUACAGAGAUGAUUUUCGAAAUAUUUAACAACUGGUACAGGACAGAUGCCAACCACUCAUAAGGGAUGCCUGCUGUAAACAAGCAGUAUGUAUGGUUGUACCAAUGCCUAUUGGCUGAACGUUAUGCUACUUUCAGAUAUUAAAAUGAUGUCCCUUUGGAAAAAAAAAACCCACUAGUCCUUGCUUUAUUUGGGUAUAUAGGUAAUUUCUUAUCCUCAAACAUACAAAUGACUACUUUGAAAAAUGGGGAGAAGUUGACUCAUCAAGUGAAAGCAUCUAAAAGCACAAUCAAUUUUUUUUUUUUUGUUUUUUGCUGUUGCCAUGAAACAAUGCUUUCUUCUCAAAGAAACAAACCUAGAGUUCUGGAGAAAUUGUAAUCAAUGCCUCUCAAGAUCAGUAGUAAUAAUUUUGGAUUUGAAGUGCUGGGAAUAUUUGGAAAGUCUGAUAACAUUUCGAGCCAUUUUGUGAACAAAAGGGCUUUUGUUCUACACCUGAAAAAUGCCCAAAUCAAUGACCAACAAUGUGUAAUAUUCAUAGCACAAAAUGACUGUCCCAGUGUGAGUGAGGAGCUCAGAUGAUGGACAUCAACUUUGCCCAGUUCAGCUUUUGGGGACCACAGAAAAUGACCAACACCCCCUGUAGUUGAAUGGGAUCCAGGAAAAGAGAAAAACGUCACCACUUCCAGUUUGAGUGCUUCCUCCCUCAACCCUGAUUACGCUGAGUGAAACGAUGAAUCUAGAGGAGAGUGUUUUCUCCACCUUCUUCACAGCCUCAUGCCAGUAUCUAAAACACUCAAUGCUACUUUAUGUUUCUGGCCAACCCCUAAAAUCCACUUACGAUAGAUUU